AUGAUUAAUCCCGCAAACGUUGUGAAGAUUUUUGCUGAUCGAGCAUCGAACUUAUCGUCUACUGUAUCAAAUAGCGCGACCUCCGCCAUUACUGUCACACAUCGUGAAUAUGGAGCAGCCAAUCUGUUGUGCAGUGUGCUGAAAUCGAUUGAUGAAGUCGAGUGCGAAGAUGCUACUGAAAAAGCGUUGGAUCCCAACUGGAACGAUGAGAAUGAAGAGAAGGCGUUGUGUAAACGAUUUUCACUCGAUUGCAUGACCAAGGCAGUCGAAUUCUGUGACGAAAUUAAAAUCUACAAACUGGAAAAAGAAAGAGACGAGGGGAGACCGCGAAGCACAAGUUCCGACGUAUCCCACAUCAAAUCUAUCUCUCGCGCUUUCGCCGUUAUCUUGAAAAACGUGGCACUAAGAAAUACAAGCUUGACAAAAUUGAUGAUUAUGUGUUCGAUAUGUUCCAGCGGGCUCGACAGAAAGCUCUGCCAGUGCAUGAUAUUGAUCUACGACGAUGGGCUCUAA